AUGGUUCAGCUUGAACAGCAACAGAACGGCGACACGUUCGGCGAGACGGAGUACCUCGUUAGCCCCGCUGACAUCGAGGAUUUUCGAAAAGGGAUCGAAGAGGAAGCUCAACGAGAUCCAGACCAGUUCCACCCGGCGGACGUGCAGAAGCUGACGGACAGCGAUGAACUCUGCCGCCGCUUCAUUCGCCAGAAGCGCCGCAACGUCGAAGAUGCCCUCGCCAUGGCCAAGGCGGCGCUCUGCUGGAGGAAGACGUUCGAGGUGAACGAUAUCACGGUGGCGAACCUUCCGCAAGUGUAUUUCGACUUCGGAGCCAUGUUUCCGCUCGGGAAAGACAAGUACGGAAGUCAGAUAAUCGUGCACCGGGUGCGGCUCCAUCGAAAGAACGAGAAGAUGGCCAAGCACAUGAAGCGCUUCCUGGUGUUCUGGGUGGAGAAGCUGCUCUACGAGCUCGACCACGUCCGCAUCACGUUCAUCCUCGACUGCAACGGCUCCGGAUACGCGAACCUCGAUAUGGACCUGAUAAGCUUCCUCAUUAGUCUCUUCAAGGAAUACUACCCAUGGGCUCUAGGUUUCAUAAUGGUGUACGACAUGCCCUGGAUAUUUAACACCGCGUGGAAAGUGGUGAAGUCAUGGUUGCCAGCAGAAGGAGCCGACCGGAUCAAAUUCGUUGACCGGGACACCAUCACAAACUACGUUCCACGGGAAAAUCUUCCAGAGUACAUGGGAGGAAAGGAGAAACUUCCAUUCCGGGAAUACACGUGGGACGAUGUGGACUUUCUUAUCAAUGCAGCUAGCCCCAAGGUGAUCAGCGAGCGCAUUCCGCGCACCAAGGAAAUCGAAGAAUUCUACCGCAGUCGCUUCGGUAUGUUUGACGCCCGGAGCACCACGGCCACUGAAGAUGCCGUAACGCUCAUCAAAGUCGAACCCGAGACGGACCUGGUGUUCAACGCCGACGAGCCCGACACCAACAAACAUAUCGGAAGCGUGGUGCUCACCAACACUUCGGACACCCACGUGGCGUUCAAGAUCAAGACGAACAACAUCGACGGUUACAAGGUGAAGCCCUUCUUCGGCAUCAUACCCCUCAACAGCACCGUGAGCGUGAAUGUCGCGCAGAACCCAGGAUCGGAGUUCCACGCGUCGGACAAGUUGCUCAUCAUGACGACGGGAAUCGACACUCUCGAGAUCACGCCGCGAGAGCUGAUCGACCACUGGAGAGCUGUGGCCAAGGAGAGCAUCAAGGAGCACAGGCUCCGUUGCGUGAACCCCGGGUUGACCACAAGCAAGAUCAGUCCUGAAACGAAAGAGCAGUGCCUCAAGUCCCUACCGCUGACCGCCAGGCAGGCGGCCCUGGCCAAAGACAAGUCGUACCAGUCCUUCUGCCCUCCGGUACAGCCGUCGCCCACCGGGACCAACCAGCUGGGGCUGAUACAGGACGUCGUCGGAGACCUCCAAGCUAAGAUCGGCGACGUACACCAGGAGGUGAACAAAAUCUCCAAGCGCCAGGAGCACUUGGUCGUUUGCAUGGGGGCAACACUGAUCCUCCUCGUUGGCAACCUGGUUGUUUUGUUUCUCGUCAAGAGCUGCCAAUCCGCCAGGGAGUGGUACUGCUGAAAAAAAAAUAAUAGCAAAAACGUACCAACUCGGCGAAACAGCUCAAGCAUACAGAUCAAAUUAAAUCAGCACCGCGGAGAAAAAGACAACUGUAGUUUAAUAUAUGCCUUGUACUCAUAUGUGUGCAGAGAAGUAAAGACCAGUGUAUUGCAGACGGGCGUUCCUAGUCCUCGUUCGCCGUUCGGAACAAUAAACUUGUUGUGAUUAUUUU